AUGAUAGACUCGGAAAAGUCGGACAAAGACUUCGGAUACGACUCUAUCGGUGAUGGGGAACCGGACACACACCCGACGAACUCACGGCUCAGGGAAUCCUAUUUUUAUGCCCGGGUACAACACUACGAGUGCCGCCCUAACCCAUGCCAUAUACUACCUGUCCUUCAUCCGGAGUGUCAACAAAGACUGUACGAAGAGUUGAAAACAUGCGAUGAGUUUACGUACGAAAAGUUGGUUCACUUGAAGUACUUGAAUGCAGUCAUCAGUGAAACCCAACGUCUGUCCCCAUCCCUAACCCGUAUACAACGCAUGUGUCUAAAGGACUUCAAACUGGGAAAUACUGAGAUCAUAUGA